AUGGCGUGCCUCCUGCGGUCUCCGCCGUCUGUCUCCGCCGCAACGUCUCUCUCAACCCGCGAGCCGAGUGGUACCGCGAGCCGAGUGUCUACGGUUCUUCGGUGCUCCCGCCGGGUGGUCGCCGACGACGGCAGAGAGGGUGCCACGGACGACUUCCACUCUACCCUCCGGGCCCUCAACUCCACGGGCUCUCGCCGCUCCCCGAGGAAGUCCCUCGGCCAGGUAAUAUCCUGCUCCGCAGUACGCCGCAUGCUUCUUAAAAAAUUGAAACGUCCUAUGCCAUUGAGUUAGGCCGGAAGCCUCGGUGGUCUUCCCCCCCACAGAGCAAGUUGGAAACCUUGCUGCUAUCCAUGACUCAAGCACUCCAAGGUUUGUGACUGUAGUGCCUGAAUGGGAGACUGUGGAGGUUGUGUAGGAUUGGGGUCAAAUGUGAGUGAGGAUGGAGGGCCAAGAACUGAUGGAAAAGCUUUCUUGAGUUCAUGUCUCCGGUGGAGGUGAUUAAAGGUGACCUUGUGUAAUCACUCUGGGAGAUGUUUGGAUGGUGAAUUAUUUUUUUUGGAGGAUCAGUCACCGCAUCCCUGUGAUUCAAUAUGCACGUAGUUUAUUCAACAAGUCUAGUGAUCUCAUCUAGCUGGUUUCUGUCCAAUCUCUAACUACGGUUUUGGGUCCUCUUGCAUGUCCUGAUGCCUUAAACGAAAGCUGCCGGAACCAAUUAAAUUGCUAUUAAAGGAAAUUUUAUGCUUUCGGAUCAACCUCAAUACUUAGAAACAAUGAAAUUUCAAUAUCGUAGACAGGAAGUCGUCCCAAAGCAUUGGAUAAAAUCUUUUGGAUGUCGGAUGCCAGGUGGUGAUCACUAGUUUCUUACCGUUGUUUAUCUGCAACCUUUUUCGUAGAUGUAAAGGAUAAAAACUAAGUGACAUGAACUAGAAAAUCCAGGAACUUUUCUUUAUAUUGCCUCUUUUUGGUUGAGGGAGAAGGGCAUCAUAUAGCUGAUACUUCGUGCGUAUCAGUCAACACAAGCAGAAGGGUGAAACACUAAGUCAAAAAAAUUGAUAUAUUGUAGGGAAUUUUAUCUUAUUUUUUCCAUAAUUCCAUCGCAUAGUAGUAUCCUGAAGGAAGAACCAUAGUGAAAAUUGGGGGAAGACUAAUAUUAGUCAGAAAUUCUGCUGAAAAAAAGGCCACCUUUUGUUAGCCUGAUUUUUUUGACCAUGUUGUCGCUUUGAUAACUGUGCUUCAUCAUGGAAACGUAGCAGUCUCAAACUUUGCUCUUGCUUUCCUAUUAGUUCAUAGUGUGACGGAUACUUCAUGCUUAAGUUUGUCCCGCAUCAGCUCAAACUUUUCUAUGCGCUUUUCAUCAUAUGAUUAUGCUAUCAAGAAUCAGUUUCUGCAGAACUUCAUGUUGCCUGAUGUUCGUUGUGGUUCGUUUAUUGCAUCACUCAAAACGGUUCAUAAUACCUGGUAAAUAAUCUUAACGAGCUGUGGCAUAUGUUUCUUUGAAAGGAAUACCAAGAUCUUGUUUUAUAUGAAUAGAAAAUGAGUACUGCUGCAUGAAAAUAUACUCAAAUAGUUGCCCCGGUAUGUGCAGGGUAAAUUUUUCUUUCAUGUUGCGGUGACUGAUGUUAAUACCAUGUUUUCUGCAGCAUUACAUGGUCAACUCUUCAAUUAAUGAGCAACUCUCCUCCAUAGCCGAGGUAAAAGACGGUGAUGUGGUUCUAGAAAUUGGGCCUGGUACAGGAUCUUUGACCAAUGUUCUCAUCAACUCUGGUGCCACAGUCAUCGCAAUUGAGAAGGUUAAAAGCGUGUUUCGUCAAUGCUUGUAGCUUGGUUUAUCAUUGAAUGAGAUGUUAAAAAUAGAGCUAUCCGGUGACAAAGAACACCUAACUAGAACUAUCCUUAAACUAACAACUGAAAAAUUCCAAGCGUAAUGUCAUGAGUUUACAAGUGACAAGGUAUGAACUGUGAAGCAUGUCUCUGUAUCAAAUCAACAUCAUGCUAUUUAAAGAAUAUUAGCAUGGUAGAUGCCAUCAGUGUAAAACAAUAUUUUAAUGUUUAAUGAAGCAUGCUUACCAUUCUUUCUGUCAAACAUUUCAAUAAUUAAAUCGACUUGGCGCACAGCUUUAUACUGCUUUAAACUACCAUAUUGCACAAUUACGUUUACCUACCCAUGACAUUGGAGAAAUUGUCCGCCGGUUCCUGUGUGGGUAAUCAGAAUUACAUGAUAACUUAUUAAUACUUCCUGAUUUUUAAGCAUGUAUAUUAUUUAUAAAUUUUCUGAAGAGAGCCAGAUGAAUAUUUCUUUCGGUUUUUCUAAUUAUUCCUGGAUCGUAUUAGAGUUUUAGAAAUCCCUAAUCUUAAGGCAAGGCAAGUAAAAGACAAUUUACUGAUGUUUUCUAAUAUAUAUACUUUGCUGGUUAAACGUCACAUUCUUACCUUUUUCCUUGUUAAUAAAUUUUGUUAAACAACAGAACUUUCGUUCCUUACAAAAUAAUAACCUAAAAGAAGAAGACACUUGCUUUCAACUCUUCUCUUUUCAUCAUAACAAACGUUUUUUUAUUGCAGGAUCCACGCAUGGCAACACUUGUUAGGGACAGAUUUGAAGGCGUUGAUAGCCUGAUGGUGAGGUUCGAAGCUCAUUACUUUUGAGCUUCGAAUUAUCAUUGAUUCUGGCCAUCAUUUUCUUAAGAAUUACCAAGCAUGCUAGCGUGAUGCAUGUGUAGAAUGACGCGUACGAUUUCUUUGGUCUAAAAUUGUUAUGUACACGCCAAACAUGGUAGGUAUGUUAUGAUCAGCCACAGGGAAUACACUGUUCUUUGGCAUACAAAAAUGGUGGUUGAAAGAGAAACAAGUGGAACUGACGGAAUUGGCUAGGUCCAAACCGGUUUGGCAAGUUUUUUGAUAAUCUGUUGAAUUUUUUUUUUUAAAUUGUUCUGGAAUAGACAAUGUUACAUCAUUUUUCUGUUUUCAUCAACGGCUUAUGGGUUUAGUUCUGUUCCAUUUUUUCAACCCUUCUACAUCUCUGUGCCCAAUUCUUAUGUUUGCUCCAACUUCCUGCGGAUAAGGUAAGAUAUGAGUGAAAAUAGGAGCUCAUUGAUUGAGAUGCAGCUCAUGGCAUUUGUUUUCUACGUAAGUGAUCUAGAGACCUGCAACUUGUGUAAGUAAUAAAAACCCCGCCGUCUCUGCUUUUUCCUGAUACUAGUCUCUUCCUCUUCGUCCCUUUUUGAGGGCCUCAUCUUUAUCCUCCUCCACUAGGAAUUAUUUUCCCCGGAACUAAACUAGAACCUGGAAUUGAACUUCUGAACAGCAAUUCCAGUUUUUUUUCCUCAGUAUAUGGCCAUUUCACAGAUCGUAUAUAAUUCUCACACAGGCUUUAUAUUGCAAGUAUCAUCAACAUGUCAACUUUGUCUUAGCUUUGAAUUUGGAAGUGCACAAUCGUAUGCUUGAGGAAUAAUCUCUGUUUUUAGCACCAUAGUUUCAAAGGUUGCCCUUGUAGUCUUAGGGGAAGCCCUUAUCAGGGAGCUCCGCCCAAAACACUCGCUGCCAUGACAAACCAGUCAGAAUCAUUGUGGGACGAGGAAUUUUUUAAGGUCUCUUCUGAUAAGUAUUUCUCUCCAUGUACAUAUUAGGAAAGAGAGUUCAUGAGCUUUCCAUAGCGUGCCACAUCUGUCCUGGAGUGUGGAAUCACAUAUGUAGAGUCCAAUCGAUGCAUGUCUUACAUGAUUGCUCUUCUUCGUGGUGUAUGUUCCAAGGAGAAACAUGACCUUAUUGUCCUCUGAUCUUAGUGCCAACUAUGAAUAAUGAUGCCUUUGCACUAGAUCUGAGCUCUGGUAUCUUUCCCCUGGUGUCUAAUUAUUGUGAAAAAACAAAUACUCACGUUGCCACCAAGAAGUUGCUACAAAUGGUCGACCUGUAGGGAUAUCUCUGUCUCUUUAGAAAAUGGUCUUUGACUCCUAUUUGAUUAAACUAUGGAUUUAAUAUCGGUUCUAUCUAACACUUUAUUUUUAUGUAAUCUUAAUUCUUUCUUAAUCUAUUGCCUGCAGAUUUUGCAAGAAGAUUUCACCAAGUGUCAUGUCAGUUCACAUGUAAGCCAGCUGUUAGAAAGCAAGAAAUCAACUGGAGGUGGUGUUAAACAUGCAAAGGUGAGCAAUCAAGAAGCUUAUGGUAGAUUUGAUUGCUGGCUUUAUAUUUCUAUGAUUAAAGGUCAAAAGGCUCUUAGUCUGUGUAAGCGAAAUAUAUUAUAGAUGAGACCCACAGAAUACCUAGAGGUGAGGACAUGAGUGAUGUUGAAGAACAGUAUCCUUAUUAAAAAUACAAUAUCUUCAUGACCCGACGGGCUACAAGAACGUUUAAGUAAUUACGUUUUGUUUUCCCCCAUGAAUAUCAACAAGUUCAAAGGUAUGGAAAUUGGAUGGUAGAUGUGACAUCAUAUUUUAAUUUUUAAGAGUUAAAAAAAAUGGUUUCCUUUAGAAAAAUUUAGCUGUGCGACUUUCAGUCUUAAUCCGAGUCUAGUUUAAGGCACUCUGAUGUGUUUCUCUGACCAAUUAGAGAAACACAUCAAAAUGUGUGUUCGUUUUACUGCGAAAAUGGAGGUUAGCCUGACCAAUUAGAGGCAGACCACCAUGAGGCAACCAUCUUAUAUUGAUGAUGCGGGUCUGUUGGGAUCCUGUUGGAAAUAACUUGGGAAUGACAAGUGCAACAUGCUCAGCAAGAAAGUAACAGUAUCAUCGAUCAAUCUACAGUAUUGAGAAUGCUUAGGAUGCCCUUCAUUAUCGUGCAGAUCCCAUAAAAGUAUUGGGUGUAGGCACGACGAGAGGGUCUUGGCAACCAUUACAAAAGUCAGUCAAAUGAUUCGCAUCAUGGCUUGAAUUUAGUUGAACAAAUGUUAUUGUCCUUAAAUUUUUUCAGUCAUAUUAGGUUCAGGGCUGCUUACCAUUGCUUGGGCUUGCUGUAGCCUUUGAGGAUAAAGAACAUAGGGCCAACGUCUCAUCAUCGUCUUGAAUUUGCCAAAGUGUCCCCAUGACGCAACCAUUAUGGUCAACUGUGCUCAUUACCAUUUUUCAAUUAUUUUUUGAAUCUUUAAUCUUUUCCUCAGAUCGGUGGGCGGGGAACAUAGGGAUGCAAUCAUUUUAUUUUUAUGUGAUGUUUAUUGAACAUUUUGUCAAGCAUUUAUUUAUUUAUUCAAGUUCGUAUGUCGAUAAUCUAAUAGUUGCUGACUUGAGCUAUGAACCAGAGGCUUGGCUGUAGAUCUCCGUUCUAGUUUUAAUUCCUUACUCAUUUCCGUUAGUGUAUCAACCGUUUUGUUCUCUGUGGACAAGAUAAUUCUAGUUGAUCUACUCACUCUCUGUUGUGGGAAACUGGUGGAAUGAAAACUGUUCAGCGAGGAGAAAUGAGCUUCCUAGAAAUAAAACAAUAGAAUUACUGUUGUUAGUAAUGCUUUACCGUGGUUUACAUAGUUCAGUAUGAAAUUUUCAUGCCUUUGCAGCUAUACCUUCUUUAGGAUGCCUUGCAUGCAAGCACUGCACUUUUUUAUUAGUAACUUUGUUUGAAAUACGUUUGUAGGUGGUUGCUAAUGUACCGUUCAACAUAAGUACAGAAAUAAUAAAACGGCUUCUGCCAUUGGGUGACAUCUUCUCUGAUGUGGUGCUUUUACUACAGGUUUGACAUUUUUUUUAAUUCAUUUUGCCCUAAAAAUUGGCUGAGCGAUUUGGUACAUGCUUCUGGUUUCAAUGAUGAUUCUUAAUUUCUUGUUCCUCAUACACGGCAAAAACAUGCAUCUGUGGACAGAUUCUAUGAUAACUCAGCCUAGUCCCCUUCAGAUCAAUCAUCAAUAUUGAGAAAUUCAGUCGAACUUUCAAUUAUGCUUAUUAAAUAUACGAAAUGAUGAGCCUUGAUUAGUUCCACUUGGCUCAUUCAAAUUGUGAAAGUUUUCAGGCACAAAUACAGGUCAUAAAAUGAGGUCUCGAUGAAUGGAAAUUUCUGAUUCAUAAUAAAUAAGUGGAUACUCGAGUUAUGUCACAUUAUCAAAUAUUAAUGAUGCCACAGGUGAUCAUGCAUGGAGAUUCAGUAUAAACUCUUUCAUAGGUUUCUGACAGAGUGGUUGUCUUUGCCUUCCUGGGUAGGCAUCUCGGCCAAUAGUUAUCAUUAUAUUUCUAGUGUGUGCCAUUAUUUCUUGAAUUCUUUUUCCGAUUUGUGAGAAUAUCAUGAUCUUCAGGAGAUUGGCCUUGUUAUAUAAAUGCAACGUUUAUUAAGCUGCUUUAAUGGCCUUUAAUACUGAAUAGCUGAAUGUUUUAGGACGAGACAGCUUUUCGUUUGGUAGAUUCCCAACUAAGAACAUCAGAGUACCGCGCGAUCAACAUCUUUGUCAACUUUUUCUCAGGUACGAUGGUUUUCAUGAAGAUGGCUCAAAUUCUGUGAUAGAAUAAGAAAAAUACCUGACCUUUUGUUCCUUUUUUUUUUGUUAAAAAAAUAGCUUUUGUGAGAAUUUUUUUUUCUUCCGUCUCCUUCAGAUGCAGAAUACAGAUUUAAGGUUGACCGAACAAAUUUCUUCCCUCGCCCCAAUGUGAGUACUGCUUCUUCAAGGUUGAUAUCAUUACUUAUGAAGCAUAUGCACUCUCAGUCUGCUUGCUGUCAUAUCGCAUCAUCCUUCUAAUUGAGGACGAUGCUGAUGAGGUGUGCGUGAGGAAAUUAAUAUCAAGCAAAAUAUCAUCGUGUUUCUUGGUUUUUCUACAGUGAAAACAUUUAGUUUUUGGCAUUCAUUCUUUGAUCUUUAGCCGUACGUUGAUUGGUUAUGGCUUGUCAUGAUCAGUAUAAGUACUGAACAUCUUCAUAUGAAUGGCAUCGACAGGUGGAUGGAGCCGUCGUCAUGUUCAAGCUAAAGAGACCAACUGAUUAUCCAGAAGUCGCAUCAGUCAAAGACUUCUUUUCUAUGGUUCGUUUCACGUUGAACCCAUCUGGGAAAAUUUAUCUCCCUCCAUCUGAUGUUCUUUGUAGAAUUCUCUUCCCAUAUCUGAUUACCGAUUCUGAACCUAGUGAUGAUUUAAUGCAGGUGAAUUCUGCCUUCAAUGGUAAACGGAAGAUGCUCCGUAAAUCUCUCCAGCAUCUUCGAACACCCUCUGAGAUCGAAGAAGCCCUGAGCGAUGCUGGUCUCCCUGUUACAGUGGGUCGCUGCUAUUUUAUUGUUUUUCUGCUACCUUAGUAAUCUGGUCUUCAAGUUGACUAAUGUUUGCCUGCAAAAUCACAGGCAAGGCCAGAGGAGCUCUCUCUGGAGGACUUUGUAAGGCUGCACAACUCAUUGGCCAGAGCACACGAUUAA